AUGAGCCGCAAAGCCCAAAGAUCCGUAAAUCAAUUCGUGAUCUUCCUUAUCGCCUUUCUAUUCAUUCUAUACCUCAAUCGGCCCCAAUCUCAAGUGAAAACUUUCACAUGGACAAAAGUCCGGUAUAAGACUACGGCCUCGUCAACACCCGAAACCCACGGCAUAUGUCCGGGACUCACCAAGUACAAUAAUCCCGCAUUGGUGGUAUCACGCGUCGCAGCUGACGGGGACCAGAAAUGGCUCGAUAAACUAGAGGAUCGCUACCAUCUCUGUGUUUAUAAUGUUGGCGCUCCGUUGGAUAAGAAAUCAAAGUUCCUUCAGGUACCCGCGAACCGCGGUCAUGAAGCAAUGACCUACCUGACAUUUAUUAUCGACAACUAUGCUGAGUUUCCUGCUGCAGGUGCUGUGUUUGUUCAUGGCUCUCGCUGGGCAUGGCAUAAUGACGAGCCAGAAUAUGAUAAUGCCAAAUUACUUGCGACGCUUGAUGUGUCGCGUGCUCUGGAGCCGAGGGGUUACUAUAAUCUCCGCUGUGACUGGAGCAGCAGCACUUGUCCUCGCAGUGUGCCGGCGCAGGGAAGUCUGGAAAUGAGAAUGCAGUCUACUGUUGAGCCGUGGAGUGCGCGCGCUGCGUCAGAUAUUGCGUUACCGCGAGCACUGGCGUCUAUCUUUGGUGGGGAUGAGUUUACGCCGGCUGAGGCGAAUGCGCGACUUCAGCUGAGACGAUCAGAUGCGGUCCGGUCACAGUGUUGUGCGCAGUUUGUUGUGUCGCGUGAGCGUGUGUGGCAGCAUUCUCGCGGGGAGUAUAUUGCUUUGCGGCAGUGGUUGCUUGAUGGGAUGGGGGGUGAGGGUGAUUUUCGGUUUCGGAAUGAUAAAGCUGCGCCUUCGGAUGAUCGCGUUGCUGGGCGAAUCUUGUCGUACAUGUGGCAUAUUUUAUUUGCUGAACCUGAUACGGAUGGGGAGUUAGAGCUGAGCAAGCUUAACAGGGAUGCUUGUCCUAGUGCGGCUGAUUGUUACUGUCGACUGUAUGGUCGUUGUGAUCUUCAAUGCUCUAACCCCGGGGCAUGUAAAGAUCAGUAUAAAGUGCCGCCGAAUUACAAGCUACCGGAUGAUUGGGCAGAAACGCAUUCAUAG